CUUCAAGUACCGAUUUUUGCCAAAAUAUUUCAGAGAUAUCAAUUUUUUAAAUGGCUGCUACGGGGAGUUUUCUAAGAAAUUAAAUCCUGAUUAAAAUGAAUGCUCCUCCAAACUAACAGGAACAAAAUUCCACACAUUUCUACAUUUUUUUAUUUUCCUCCUUUUCAUUAACUAUGAAAACAUGUAUCUUUAAAAUCCCCCACCACCUUUAAAUACACAUAUUACUACAGUACCACAAGCGGUAGAAUGACCCUCAUACGGACAUUUGUGUCAUGUAUUUAAAUACGGAAAACACCCUUUAUCACAGAACCAAAUACACAAAACUGGUUUGCAACAGUACUCUUUUUAACCGUCUUUACUUAGGAAAUUGAAGGAGAAUUACUCCUCCUGUCUUUUCUUCACUAAACUGUUGUUUUGUGUGAAAAUACAACAAAUGGCCCAGCAGGACGGAGAGUAAGUAAAUAGGACAACAACAGAUGUAGCUGUGAGCAAACUGAACUAAAAUACUUAACUUAUUGUGAGUGAGCUUUUGUGUUUUAAUCAGAUGACCCAUUCUGUGUCUGUUCACCUGGGGAAUGUAGAUCAAAUCAUCAGACGGGACAGGAACACUCAUUCUCAGCAUUCCUCUACUCACGGAAACAUGUUGGUUUGUUGAAAUGUAAAAAAAAAAAAAAAAUCAGCAUUUAGUGUUUCAAAUUCAUUUUUACAGUUCCUCUUUUUACACAUAUCUUACUAUGCCAUGUAUCCUCAGGUAAAUUAUUAGACACGCAAAUUCAGGCCCUACAUGGUGGCUCUGAGACUUGUUGCUUUGUCUUGCAUGUGAUUCUAUCUAUCAAUACUUCUUUGUUUUUAGUCUGUCUACAGCACCUCAAUAUCUGGAUGGCCCACUACAACUGAAUUUGUUUGAAAUGUUCCUUUUCAACUUCUAUUCAUAAACUGUAUCCAUGUUUCCUCUCUUUGUGUCUCAGGGUUUUUAUAGGUGUGAGGACAAAUCCAGCAGGUAUGAGUCACUCUUUUUCCAGUAUUCAGUGACAAGAAGGAGCGGGUAUCAACAUGCAGCUUUGAGCUGUGACAGCACAGAUGCUGCUGAGAGAGGCGGGGUGAGGGAACGGAGGCGGAUCAGAGAGAUGUUUUGAAUUCUAUGCAGCCAGUUUACUUCAGCUAAUGGCCGUGUGGGCUGUCUAAACUGCUGCUCCUUUUCCCCUCGAAGCAGAGCUGUGAGGAUGAAUCUAUACAGGAGUUUUGGGAACCUUAUGGAGGCUUGGGUGACUGAAGGAGCGCAGAGUUUGGACUCAGAAUGGCUUGGAAUUAACGACGAAGAUGGUGCUUCACCUUCCUCAAACCUGCGCUCAGAAUCGGUAGACUCUGGAGUGGAGACAGCUAGCUCAGAGACAUCUUUUCCUUCAACAUCCCGCUCCCUCUCGAUGGAUAUCGCAGAAACAGAUGCAUCAACGUCUCAGUCUCCUGUGCUCUCCUCUCCUGGGCUCUCCUCUUCCUCCUCUCCUUCACCUCACCUCCAUGCCAGCAGGGUUCAGGACACCUUUCCUGAACAAUUAGAGCAAACAUCACAAAAGACCGACUCUAAAUGUCUCAAGACAAGCUCUGGACUCCUUACAGUGGAGGAGGUGCUCAGGCGGCGACCGAAACGGCACACAUCGGAGUUAGUGAGAGGUCAAAGGUCAGAGAGUUUUGGCCCGAAGAGGACGGUCAACCCAUCGGCUCCCACAAGACAGAUGUCGGAUGUUUGCAAACGACCGGUGUCAAUGAAUUAUGACACAAGGCAAGCUCAGACAAGAUCAGAGGUGAGAGAGUGUUCCUGUCACACUUAAAACCUUGUUCAAAUAUUUAGAGCUUCAUCAGACAAAAUACAAACAUUUGUGUCUGACCUCUGUUUGUGCGUAACUGGGAUCACGUACAGGGUUACAUAAACUCAGCAGAAACAUGUGUGGUCUUGCACAGCACGCAGCUCAUGAAUGUAAAAGGAAAGUUUGACAGAAAGUCCCACGGGCGUAACAAGGCCUCUACUUUUACUGUAGUUAAAAAGAGUUGCAACACAAGUUGCUCUCCCAUUUUAAGUAGGACAGGCUCGUCAUUACUCAUACAGUAUCUCUUUCAUGCUCACUACCCGUCACGAGUCAGUCUGCGGUGUGAGGGAUUGUAAACCAGUCUGCCCAGGUGACUUAACGCCCACAGGUAUGACAGGAAUGGAUGGAGAUGUGUGGGGGAGGUUGAGCGGUCUGCAGGGCUUUGGAUAAAAGAGGCAGACACAUUGUUGAGAGGAUCUACAGGGAAAAAUUUGAACUAGGACUAAAUUUGAAAUUUUGUCUUUAGCGACUAUAGUAAAUCACGCUGGAGACAUUUCUCCUGAUGUUUGUUUUGUCCUUGUUUGCUUUGCUCGGGCUACACUGUCAGCUCACAUAGCUUUUGGAUUAAUUGUACCAUUAUACUAAUACUUGGGUGUGUGUGUCUUUUACUUUGAAUAAGUCCAGGGUUUGAAAGGGUUCACCGGAAGGCAACACUAAAUCCCAAUGACAAGUUAAUACGCUAUAAUUACUCAGGCGUCUUAUUUCUUAUCAUCACAUGUUAUUGUACUUUAAAUAUGUCACCAACAUCUUCAGACAGGUGAGCUCAUCUUGAUCAGUUCACCUACUGGAUGUAACCCAUAUCCUUAUAUUAGAUAUAUUAGAUUGCAUUAUUAAAUGUGUUCAUAAUAUUUAGAUAAAACUAUUUUCACAUAAUGAGUAGUUGCACAGUUGAUAAAGACACACAUUGGCUUGAAAGUAUGUAAGUCUUUAUAAAGCUCUCAGUAUUUCCUUAUUCCACAUGAACAAAAGAUGAAAGUAAGGAAUUUACCUCAUGUGACUCCCUAAUUACUGCUAAUUGACGGUGAGUUUGGUGGCCAGCUGUCUUUUACGGUGGCCGAGAACCACCACUACUGCAAAUAAAAUUGAAGGCAAAAAAAGAAGUCACAACGGAAGUCACCGAUGCAAAAAAAAAAAAAAGGAACUGAAGCCUGCUGCAAAUAAAAAAAAGAAAAAGUGCAGAUUAAAAAGCCACAACAGAAAGUAAUUACGCAAAAAAAUGGCGGUGCAAAAAAAAAAAAAAAUACUUACUGUGAAAAUAAAAGGAUGCAAGUUUAAAAAGCCACAACAGAAGUGAGCUGCCGGGAACCAAUAAUGAUGAUGCACCAGUGUUUUAUGAUCUAGGCACAGAAGAAGGCGGCGAGAAUACGAGCAAAGAAUCGAGUGGAGAGUUUAUUGUUUAAUUUCGCUUUGUAUACUUUCCAAUGUGUCAUUUGGUUAGGCCAUGUUGCGCCUGAGUUAAUAUGAAGUUGAACUGGAGGAUGCUGGUGUAGUGUUAGCUUCAGUUCAACUUCAUAUCGAAUCAGGCGCAACAUGGCCUAACCAAAUGACACAUUAAAAAGUAUACAAAGCGAAAUUAAACAAUAACCUUUCCACUAACUUUUUUGCUCGCCUUCUCGCCGUCGUCAUGCAAACUGUAAAAGCCCCUGCUAGGGUUCGAAUCAGGAAGUGUCUUUCUGUUAGACAUCAGCGCUGAAGAUUUAUCAGUCUCUUCCUGAUGUCUUGCAUAGCAGCUAUGAGGAAAAUCUUUGGGCUUUUCAGUGGCUUCAACUUAAACAAGAAUUUCUGUAUUGAAUCCUACGAGGAAACUCUUUUCUCACCUAUCAUUGUUUGCAGGAUGUGGGUGAUGAGAAAAAGACAGAGCUGAGUCCUGGUCUUUGCUACCUGGAGCAGGUGUGCCAAAUGUUGGAGGAAAUUGCCAGACAGCAGAUGCAGAGCCGAGCGUUACAGACGGAGAUGGAGGCCCUGCAGGAGCAUGAAGACAUAGAGGAGAGCCAGGUGAACACAUUCAUGUAACACACUUGCACAAAGCAGUAAAAAAAGUUACCACACUUUCAAUUUUGCUCAGGGUUCAAAAUCAGUGAACAGACAAGAUGUUUUUAAACAGCCAGAGGGUUCAUUUGAAUUACAUGACAUUAUCUUGCUUGUCACUUGGCUCACUUUCAGGCUCUUGACACCUGUCAGAGGGACUCCAAAGCUGCUGAAGAAGAGAUCUUAUGUAAUCAAAGGGUUGAAAAAACAAACAGUUUGAGACCCCAGCAAAGGAAAGACAACCCUUACAGACAUUUCCGUCAAAGAUCAGCCUCGGAUACAAAUAUUGCUUUGCUGCAUUUUAGUGAGUCAUUAUCCGUUUUCAUUUUUUUAGUUCAUGAUUUGUGUAGCGUAUAUAUCUUUUAAUGAAAAUGCAUUGCCACAGAAGUUAAAUAUGUGUGUGUUUGAUGUGGACAGGAAUGUUGAACACGGACUGCAGAGGGCAGCACCUGUGUACAGAUAGCUUGGAGGAAGAGGGGGAGGAAGAGGAAGUCCAUAAAAAGCAGGUAGAAUACAAUCAAAUACAGCAAAUUAUGUGUGUUGAAACUGUAGUACUGAUAUGAAAAAUUAAGGUUAUAAACUUUACAUCAAUUCUGCAGCAGCAAAAAUGAAGUGUAUUUUAUUGAAGGGCUAUGACUUUAAUGUUUCUCAUUAUCUUUAUUCAACACUGACAAGUUUUCAACUGUUAUUUCAGGAGUCAAAAAAGGAGCAGUCCAAUGUUACUCACAAGAACUGGAAGUUAAAAAUUGGGUCUCUGAGAAGAGAGGAGUCUGCUGUGAGAGAUACCAGAGGGUGAGAUGUUAUAUUUAUAACCAUAAGCUCAAAGGGGGCAGUAAUAUCAAGCUCCUGUGAAGCAUGAUGCUCUGAGGAAAUGUGUGUGCUGCUUCAACAUGGCAGCCGGCCACACUGGCGCGGUGGUCCAGAACUAAUGCACAGAAGAUGCAGAGGCUUUGCUCGGAGUUCAUUUUAAGUCAGCGCUUCUGUUUCUCUUGAACAUUUUGCCCCCUUUUUCGCCACACUUAGCACACAUACAGCUUCUAGCGUUGUCUUACCUCAGCUCUAAGUGAUGAAUUUUUUAUCUGCACAGCCAACAGAUGCAGCCAUCUGAGAGAAUCUCGGCCCGGCGACGGUUGAGCCAGCUGUUCAGGAGGGGCCGGAAAACUCUGCCUGCAUAAAUGGAGCACAGUGGGUCUGCCUGAACAUCUGAGUAGCUGCUCUGAGGGGGGGAAAGCUCGACUUGAAAAGUCUGAGCCUUGUCUGCUUUAAGCUGACUUAUCAUUCGGCCCUGUAAUGUGUCAUCUCUAUUUAUUGUCAGCUGUUUACUUGCCUUCUGUAUUUAUAAUGAUCAAAGCAGCAUUUUUAAGUACUCUGUAGCGUAUUUCAUUAUAAAUGGAAGCUGUUGUAAUGUAAAUUUAACAGAGUAUUUGAAACUGUAAAUAAUUUUUAUUGGUAUGAUAUUGCAAUACAAAAAAACAAACAUCUUUCAUAACCAUUAUACACUUUCAUGUCUUUACAUUAAAAAACCUGAUAGAACAGCACUGCAUUAGCUUGUUUUUUAAAAACACAGUUACACAGCUCUUUGUUAAAUAUUAAAAUUCACUUGAGGAUGAACAAAGUUUUUUAGUGGAUGUUUAUUUGAUUAUUUUGCAGUAUUAUAAAUUAUUUAGCCAAUCCAACAUCAUAAAUUUCCUCC